CGAUCCGGGGAGGUUGAAGGCGGGCGACCAGGAUGCCCAGACGGAAAGCAACGGCGGCUUCCUCGGCCGCCUGGGACGGUGCCGGCAACGGGACUGGAGGCACGCGCAAGCGUUCCGCCCUGCCUCGUGGGGCCGCCCCCCCUCCGGGGAAGAAGAAGGCCCGGGAUGGAGGGGGCAGUGGCAGCAGCAAUGGGGGUGGCGACAGCAGCGGGGACGAGCAGGACGGGCUGGCGCUGCCGCCUCCCCCCAUGGCGGCAGGAGUGGGCAAGAAGCCAGGCCGCACAGGAGGACGGGGUGCUGGAGAGCAGCCCCCCCAAAACCAGGAGUCUCCUCAUGCCGCUGUGGUGGUCAGCGAGCCGGAGCACAGCAAGGAGCGCAUUAAGCUGGAAGGGUCCAAGUUCAAAGGGCAGCUUCUGAUAUUUGGAGCCACCAACUGGGACUUGAUUGGCCGUAAGGAAGUGCCUAAGCAGCAAGCUGCCUACAGGAAUCUGGGCCAGAACUUGUGGGGGCCCCACAGGUACGGCUCCCUCUCGGGGGUCCAAGUCCGGACGGUGGUCUCGGGGCCUUGCGCCGCUCACAGCCUGCUCAUCACCACCGAGGGGAAGCUUUGGAGCUGGGGACGUAACGACAAAGGGCAGCUGGGCCACGGGGACACCAAACGCGUAGAUGCCCCAAAGGCCAUUGAAGUGCUCUGCAGCGAAACCGUCGUCUCGGCAGCCUGCGGCCGCAACCACACACUAGCCCUGACAGAGAGCGGUUCUGUGUUUGCCUUUGGAGAGAACAAGAUGGGCCAGUUGGGCCUGGGUAAUCAGACCGACGCCGUUCCCAGCCCCACACAGAUAAUGUACAACGGGCAGCCGAUUACAAAGGUGGCGUGUGGGGCCGAGUUCAGCAUGGCAAUGGACUGCAAAGGGAACUUGUAUUCUUUUGGUUGCCCCGAGUACGGACAGCUGGGGCACAAUUCCGACGGGAAGUUCAUCGCCCGAGCCCAGAGGAUAGAGUACGACUGCGAGCUGGUUCCCCGCCGCGUCGCCAUCUUCAUCGAGAAGACGAAAGAUGGCCAGAUCCUGCCGGUGCCAAACGUUGUGGUGAGGGAUGUUGCCUGCGGGGCAAACCAUACGCUCGUCUUGGACUCUCAGAAACGCGUCUUCUCCUGGGGUUUUGGGGGCUACGGUCGCCUGGGCCACGCCGAGCAGAGGGACGAGAUGGUGCCCCGGCUGGUGAAGCUUUUCGACUUCCCCGGCCGCGGGGCGGCGCAGAUCUACGCGGGCUACACCUGCUCCUUCGCCAUUAGCGAGACAGGAGGCCUGUUUUUCUGGGGAGCCACAAACACCUCCCGGGAGUCCACAAUGUACCCCAAAACUGUUCAGGAUCUAUGUGGCUGGAAAAUCCGCAGUCUGGCUUGUGGGAAGAGCAGUAUAAUAGUGGCUGCAGAUGAGAGCACAAUCAGUUGGGGCCCGUCUCCGACCUUUGGAGAACUGGGCUAUGGGGACCACAAGCCCAAGUCCUCCACUGCAGCUCAGGAGGUGAAGACUUUGGAUGGCAUCUACACAGAACAGGUGGCGAUGGGCUAUGCCCACUCCCUGGCGAUUGCCCGCGACGAGAGCGAGGCCGAGAACGAGAAGCUGAAGAAGCUGCCAGAGUACAACCCGCGCACGCUCUGACCCACGCGGGGGUCUCUUCCUCUUCCUCCUCCUCCUCGCCACCCCACACCC